AUGCCUUCUCUACUGCUUACUCAUGAUUGUUUUCUCUGAUGUUGAUGACAUGCUGGCCACUAGACACUACUACCUCCGUUCACGUUUAAUUGACGCAAGGAAUGUGCAUGCAUAAGCUAUUUUCUGUGCACAACUCGCGUCGAUUUAAACCGAACGGAGGGAGUAGACACUAGACAUACUGGAAGAGGAAACAGUAGAGUACAUUACCAUUGCAAGUUAGCAACACGUCAAUCAAGUAUCAGGAAUAAUAUCCAACUCAAUUCUGCAUAGGGUCUCACACUUGACUGCUCAGUGAAACCGUUGGAUGGUUUAAAAAGAAAAUGGAAAUGAAUUGAUUAUUUACUUUAGAGCUAUACAUAGAAAAAUCCUACCCAUGUAUGAAUCAAGGAAACCUCUGUGGACUAAGAGUUAGCAGUUCUGAUAUGAACAUACCAAAAACGCUCUAUUCUUGCCAAGUAAACUUUGUUUGCCUUACCUCAUGGCAUCCUAUUGAAAAUGCAAAUAGCAAGGGUAUGAGGAGGAAUUUGAAAUUCUACAAUAAGGUUGGAUCAAAGUUUCAUUCAGAACCACUUAAGCGGUAAGGCUGCUUACCCUAUUGAAUCAUUGUGGAAUUACAGUGUGGUUAUUGUAGGAAAUCCUAUGUUAGCUAUGCUCUUACUUACAAAGCCCCAUAUCAAGAAAAUACCGGGAGCAUGUCUGGAAGUCUAGGAGUAAGCAUAAUAAUUGGUACUUUUAUCUAUCGAAGUAUUAAUUCUGCAGUAUUGACUGUUAGGCAACGUAUCACGAAGAUCUCUUCCUCUAGAUACUUCUGGCGGUUAGGAUCUAGAUUUCUUGGUUAUCAAGUUUACUUGUAACACAAUGUAACUUGUCUAUAUAUAUAUGAGAGGGAUUGAGAGGCAGGCCAUCGAGCCGCCCUUGCUUGCACAAUUUCAUGGUAUCAGAGCAGGCUUUCCUGCCCCUGCCCUCCCACCGUAACCCUCUCCUAAAACCCUAGCCGCCGCCUACCCUCCUCUCUCUACUCCAUCACCAUGACGCCCGACGAGAUCGCUGCCAAGGAGCGCGAACUUGAUGAACGCACCAAAGCCCUCGACGCCCGCGAAGCUACUCUCACCCAACAACUUGCGGCCACCACUGCCAAUCCCAACGCCGGCGCCGCCACCCCACCAAACCCUAAUCCCAGCCUCGCCAUCACCACCGUCCCAAACCCUCCCAACCCCUCCACCUACGCACCCUCCAUCAAAACCCACGUCCCAAUUACUCUCAGCCUCAACGACGGCCACUACACCAGCUGGAGGGAACUCUUCCUUGUGGCGCUCGGUCGCUACGGGCUCACUGCCCACAUCCUCUCCGACGAGACGCCCUCCGACACCGGCCCCAACUCUGACUGGGGCCGUGAUGACUACACCGUUCUGUCGUGGAUCUACGGCUCCAUCUCCACCGAGCUUCUCAACAUCGUCAUGCGCCCUGGCUCCACCGCCCGGGCGAUCUGGAAGGCCAUCGAGAACCUCUUCCGCGACAACAAGAUGCACCGUGCCCUGCAACUCGAGGCUGACUUCCGCAACACACCUCAGGGUGAUCUCUCGAUCCACGACUACUGCGCCAAGCUGAAGGCCCUCGCCGACUCCCUCGGCGAUGUCGGCCAACCUGUCUCCGAUGAGACUCUCGUCCUCACCGUGCUUCGUGGCCUCAAUGAGAGCUACGCACAUCUGCGCUCUUUUCUUCCGUUUCAGGCACCCUUCCCCUCGUUCCUGCAGACAAGAUCAGCCCUCCUCCUCGAGGAAUCUCAGAAGAAGCUGGACACCAAGAACGCGGCUGGGACGGCUCUAUGGGCGAGCGGUCAGAGCGUGCAGCCCAACCCUGGCGGCCCGCGUCCCCCUCCACCACCACCAUCGUCGCCCGGGGGCGCGUCGUACGGGGGCGCUGGCCGUGGCUCGGGCCAAUCCACCCUCUUUGCGCCGUACCGUGGCAGCCGCGGUCGUGGACGUGGCGGCCGUGGUCGUGGCCGCGACUCGCCCUUGCAGUUCAACCCUUGGACAGGCGCGCCGACUCGCGCCAAUCUUCAGCAACAGCAGGCUCCCUGGCAGCCUGCCCCCUGGUCGCCGCGUCCCUGGACUCCUCCCACACACGGCCUCCUCGGACCACGCCCCGGCAUCGCUUCUCCACAGGCCUACACUGCAUACGGCCAACCCUCCACCAGUUAUGGUCCGCAGCCGCCUCCGCCACCGCCGGGUCAUCACCAGCCUCCCCUGGACCCGGCCCUCGUCAACGCCCUAACCAACAUGCAGCUCUCCGGCAGUGAAUGGUACAUGGACUCCGGUGCAUCCUCCCACAUGGCAUCCGACCCCGGAUCUUCUCACCGGGACCGUGAUCAUUCGAUGCAAUAGCUCCGGUCCUCUCUACCCGCUCUGUUAAGCCCUCCACCAUGUCGCCCUCAAUGUCUCCCACCAUCCAGACCUUUGGCAUCGUCGACUCGGCCAUCCCGGACACCACACCAUGAAGCGUCUCCUCAAGCAUCCCUCCACCAAUAAACCAGGGUCAUCCCUGUGCCAUGCAUGUCAAUUAGGAAAACAUAUCAGGUUGCCAUUUUAUCCGUCACAUUCUAGUACUAGUCGUCCGUUUGAGCGUCUUCAUUGUGAUCUUUGGACAUCACCUGUACCCAGCACUUCUGGUUUUUGCUAUUACCUCAUUAUAGUCGAUGAUUUCACUCA